AUGGUGGCUCUCCAGCUCGCUCUCGUCGUCUCUCUGUACCCAGUCGCCAUCCACGCAAGGUGGGAAUGGGUCUGUGGUCUACUUUGCGAGCGAUUCUUCCCCGGAUCAUACACCCUCAACUGCACUGCAGAGUCUAUGACCUCAAUGUCGACGCACGGUCAUGGCGGCGGUAAUGCAGUCUGCCAGGCGCAAGAUAUGCCUUAUCUUACAUCGGAAGCGUGGUGUCUUCAUGAGCGGUGCGAGCCGAUGGGCGGCAGGAACAAGGUGGAAUGGUACUGGGACUUUAUCCAAUGGGAGUUGCGCCAAAACUAUCCCGAGAUAGCCGCUUUUCCCGAAUACACGGCCGUUCUUCCCGCUUCUGCGCCGCCGGUUCUACCGACCAAUCUCACUGUGCUGAAUGCGACGUAUCGCGUGGGCGACGAGCAAUGGAACCUCUAUUACGAGUCGUAUCGGGCGUAUAAUGAGAACGACAUCAUUCGCGUCAGACAAGGGUGGGGAUAUAUUGCCGGUUUUGUUGGCGCUCUGGUUAUCAUAUCGAUUUGGCGUCGUGUCGCUCGAUUAUCGAAAGUGCCUUACAACCCAGACUCGUGGCGCUCCAAUCAAUUAUUUUCGGCCAUCAAAAAACAUGUGCGCUAUGCGGCGUUGUUCAGUCGCCGCCAUCAAGUUCCAUAUCUCGGUGGCCUGUUUACCGCACCCACUCGUCUCCUGAGCAUUUUCGUCGUCCUCUGCCUGGCCGUUGGUCUGAUUCUCAACGCGGUUCAACAUCGAAGUGUGCAGCCCAACAGCAUAUACGCUAAUCGCACGAAUGAACUGCUCAAUAACGUCGGUCUCGCCGCGGGAGACCUUGCGUUGACUGCUUUCGUGCUCGUCUGGCUCGCCGCCGCCAGAAAUAACCCCUUCCUUUGGCUGACUGGGUGGGCGUAUGACACAUUCCAAGUUCUCCAUCGUUGGUUCGGACGCCUCGCAACUUUGUACUCCCUGCUCCACACCGUUACGUACACGAACCUCUAUGCUCGACGAGGUGAAUGGUCAAAGGCGUAUUUGACUGGCUUGUGGUUUAUCUGGGGUUGUGUGGGCAUGGUGGCCCUUUUUGUCAUUUGUGUCUUCUCUUUGCGGCCGAUUCGCGAACGGUUCUACGAGUGCUUUUUCGUCAUGCAUAUCCUUAUGGCUGUGUUUGCCAUUGUGGGAACCCAGCUACACAUCAUCUUUCUCUAUGGCCAUCAUUACCAUUACCGCAACUGGAUUUGGGCUCCAGUCACCAUCUGGUCGAUUGACCGAUUCAUCCGUCUUGUGCGGAUGUACGUCUUGAGCUCAGGAGACGCGCGUAAUAUCACCGUGGAAGCUGUACCCGACACCAAUGGCACCAUUCUCCGACUUACCGUACCAACUCCACUAGUUUACACGGCUGGAGCAGGACACUACUUCUUCCUCUACUUCCCUACGAUCGGCAUCAUGUUUUGGCAAAACCACCCCAUUUCGAUCGCUGGUUGGACGAAAACCGGUUCUGACGAGGAAGGAGGGAAGUCGAAGUCCGAAUUGACAAUGUAUAUGCUGGCAGAGAAGGGGGAGACGGGAAAUCUUGCGGCAAUCGUUCGCCAGAACUCCAAACCGACACGGCUAACUUGUCUUCUUGAGGGACCUUAUGGCCAAGCUCGCCCUCUCAACUCCUAUGAGACAGUCAUCCUCGUCGCCGGCGGUGUCGGUGUUGGCCCUACGCUAUCGUAUGUCCACGCUCAUGCUGCCGAUCCGGGCUCGACCAAACGCCUUGUCCUGCUUUUCAUUGCCCGCCAACUUGGCUUUCUCCGAGAGAUUCAGCGACAUCUCCGCCUAGCCAAUCUGGAAAGCACUGUAGAACUACAGCUGUUCCAUUCGUCUGCUGAGCAGUCGCAAGAAUCGGACUCGGAUGAUGAAAUCGCUUCCAAGGGCAUCACGGACGGGCGGCCUGUUGUUGCCGAGUAUGUUUUCGCGGAAAUUCAGGCUGCUGCGGAUGGCAGGAUUGCUUUCUUUGUAUGUGGACCGGCGGGUUUGAAUGAUGCCGUUCGGUAUGAGGUCGUGCGGUCCAUUGGCAGUCUCGCAGAUGGGGACAAGAUAGCGUUUUUCGAAGAAGCGUUGGGUUGGUGA